GUCUGACCGGAAGUUGUGAUGACGCUACUACCUUCAUGUAAACAUCCCAGGCAUUUCGAGUCUCUCUUUCGGACAGUCAUUUUUCCCUCCGUUUCGCCAGAAUGUCGGCCACAGUCCCCACGCGUCGUUUCCACCGGCCCGUGGGCCUUUAUGAGCGUCCCUAACCCCUAAAGACAGGAGCGGGGCUGGGCCGAGACCUCGAAGGCAGCAGGAUGGGGAACAGCACAUCAUCAUCUUUGGGGAAGUCAGCAACUGCUCCUGUGAAUCAGAUUCAAGAAACAAUUUCUGAUAAUUGUGUGGUGAUUUUCUCAAAAACAUCUUGUUCUUACUGUACAAUGGCAAAACAACUUUUCCAUGACAUGAAUGUUAAGUAUAAAGUGGUGGAAUUGGACAUGCUUGAAUAUGGAAGUCAAUUUCAAGAUGCUCUCUACAAAAUGACUGGUCAAAGAACUGUACCAAGAAUAUUUAUCAAUGGAACUUUUAUUGGCGGUGCAACUGACACUCACAGGCUUCACAAAGAAGGGAAAUUGCUUCCACUAGUUCAUCAGUGUUAUUUAAAAAAAAGUAAGAGGAAAAAAUUUUAGUUAUGCAGGUGCUCAUUACGUUGCUAGUAAAAUGUCAGUGAUUUAAAGUGAUAAUGCCUGAUAAUGCCUUUUAAAUGUUUGAGGAUGUUUUAAAUAUGUAAAUUGUCUUCCUGAAAAAGUUAUAAAACAAUAAAUUGCUGUGGAAAUCUCU